AGAAAUGAAGAAAUAGUUCCUCUUCUCCGUCGGUAACAAAAACUCAAUUUCAUUCGAGUCGCUGCAAAACACACACACACAGAGUAGUCGGAAAGUAGCGGUAAGCCCGAACAUGGAGAAGGAGAAAGGAAAGCAGACGAGAAAGAAUCCUUCACAUGGAAAAAUAUCACUCGAACAGUUCGUUUCCAUUACGGCUCCUCUUCUAGACUUGGAAAAAGAAGCCGAGAUAUCACAGUCUGUGAGCUCCGGCGCAACCAGAAGUUUGGAGAGUGCUCAAAAGAAGGGAUCGACCAUUCUCAGUUUGAAGUGUGUAGAUGCUCAGACAGGGUUGAUGGGGAAAAGUCUUCUUGAGUUUCAAUCUAAUAAAGGGGAUGUGCUUCCUCCUCACAAGUUUGGAACUCAUGAUGUUGUGGUUCUGAAACCAAACAAAUCAGACUUGGGGUCUCCUCCACUUGGGCAAGGUGUUGUUUACCGAAUAAAGGACACGUCAAUCACUGUUGCCUUUGAGGACAUACCGGAGGAGGGUUUGAAUAGUCCCCUACGCCUUGAAAAAGUGGCAAAUGAGGUAACUUAUCGUAGGAUGAAGGAAACAUUGGUUCAGCUAAGCAAAGGUGUACGGACAGGUCCUGCUGCCGAUCUUAUUCCUGUUCUGUUUGGUGAGAGGUCACCAACUGUGUUGAAAAAGGAAAUCAAGUUCACUCCUUUGAACUCAAACCUUGAUCAUUCACAGAAAGGUGCUAUUUCAAAGGCUCUAUUAUCCAAAGAGCUCUUUUUGCUGCAUGGACCUCCUGGAACUGGGAAGACUACUACUGUGGUUGAAAUUAUUCUGCAAGAAGUCAAGCGUGGAUCCAAAAUUCUUGCUUGUGCUGCUUCCAACAUUGCAGUUGAUAACAUUGUGGAGAGACUUGUGCCUCAUAGAGUUAAGCUGGUGCGAGUGGGACAUCCUGCUCGCUUACUUCCUCAAGUAUUGGAUACUGCUUUAGAUGCUCAGGUACUGCGUGGGGAUAAUAGUGCACUUGCAAAUGAUAUUCGCAAGGAAAUGAAGGCUUUGAAUGGAAAACUUUUAAAAGCCAAAGAUAGAAAUACUAAAAGAGAUAUUAGAAAGGAACUCAAGAUUCUCUCGAAAGAGGAACGUAAAAGGCAGCAGCUGGCAGUGAUUGAUGUGAUUAAGAAUGCAGAUGUAGUAUUAACAACACUGACUGGUGCAUUGUCAAAGAAGCUGGAUGGCUUUUCCUUUGAUUUGGUUAUAAUUGAUGAAGCUGCCCAAGCAUUAGAAAUAGCAUGCUGGAUAGCUCUUCUGAAGGGCUCCCGAUGCAUAUUAGUAGGUGAUCACCUCCAGCUUCCCCCAACAAUCCAGAGUGUUGAAGCCGAGACGAAAGGGUUAGGAAGAACCCUAUUUGAACGUCUUGCAGAGUUGUAUGGAGAUGAUGUCAUGUCUAUGCUCACUGUUCAGUACCGCAUGCAUGAACUUGUCAUGAAUUGGUCAUCUGAAGAACUCUACCAAGGAAAGAUUCAAGCCCAUUCAAGUGUUGCAGCCCAUACUUUAUAUGAGCUAGAGGGUGUCAAUAAAACAUCAUCAACAGAGCCAACCAUUCUUCUUAUUGACACAGCAGGUUGUGAUAUGGAAGAGAAGAAGGAUGAAGAAGAUAGCACACUGAAUGAAGGGGAAGCUGCUGUCGCUAUAGCACAUGCUAAGAGACUUGUGGAGAGUGGAGUUCAAGCUGCCAAUAUAGGAAUUAUUGCACCUUAUGCAGCACAGGUUGUGCUGCUGAAAAUGUUGAGAAGCAAAGAAGACAAGUUAAAAGAUAUGGAAAUCUCUACAGUUGAUGGCUUUCAAGGCCGUGAAAAGGAAGCAAUUAUCAUUUCAAUGGUCCGCUCAAACUCAAAGAAAGAGGUUGGUUUUUUAAGUGAUCGUAGGAGAAUGAAUGUGGCAGUGACGCGAGCAAGGAGGCAAUGUUGCAUUAUUUGUGACACAGAGACUGUCACUGGAGAUAAAUUCUUGAAGCGUUUGAUCGAGUACUUUGAGGAACAUGGCGAAUAUUUGAGUGCUUCGGAGUAUGGCACACAAUAAACUAGGAAUUUUCUGCAAGUUGGUUGCGUUCGAUGAACUGAAGUCAUUUAUUAAGAAUGUUACAUGCCAUGAGUAGAUCCUGUAGCAACUAGAAAUACAUGGUGCAGAUGUUUCUUUAAUGAGGAUAUCAUAUCAUUUUAUUGAUUUGUAUGAGAAAAGACACAAAAGUUUAUUUACUAGCUAAGUAUAUACCUGGGGUGGGGAUGGUUAUUCUUCUCUUUCACCAUGUUCA